AAAAUGUAAACACACACGCGAAAGCCGAAUCAGCACCAAAACAAAACCUAACGGUCCUCGCGUUGAAUUUUCCCUUUUCUCCUAAAUUCCAUUCUUUUAUUUUUCUUUCCCUUUCUCACUCAUUUUCUUCCUUUCCAAACGCCACCUUUCCCUUCAAUUCUUUCAAUUCUUUACUUUCCACUCCUAGCAUUCCUUGAUUCUUUAAUCUCUCUUCGCCUAUUUCCUUUCGACUUUAUUAAAGAUGAUUUUCCUUUUGGCAGUGAUCGACUGUUGGCAUGACGAAAGAGAAACACAAAAAAUAGAAUGAUUCAUUCGAUUGACAGAUUCAUUUGAUUUGAUUUGAUAGUUUUGAUCUGGCUGAAAAAAUGAACAGGUCAAAGCAGGUGACGGCUCGUGACUUGGUGGAGGAAGCCAAGAAGCGAAUUGUGAUUUUAGCAAUAUGCGUCGUCGGAUUGUCCUACCUCAUGUCAUUGACAAGCUCCUCAGUUUUAGUUAAUUUGCCUGCUGCUGCUGCCUUAAUCAUUCUCCUCCGGUAUUUUUCACUAGAUUAUGAAAUGCGGAGGAAAGCUGCUGUAUACAACAGCAAACCUGCAUCUACGAAUGCAUUGAAUACUAAGCAACCACCAGAAUAUCUGAAAGCUGUUGAACGGUCUGAUUGGAGAAGGAAAGUAAAUUCUCCUGUUGUUGAGGAUGCAAUAGAUCACUUUACAAGGCAUCUUAUUUCUGAGUGGGUGACGGAUCUAUGGUAUUCUCGUUUAACACCUGAUAGGGAAGGUCCAGAAGAGCUGGUGCAGAUCAUGAAUGGUGUUCUUGGGGAGUUUUCAGACCGCAUGAGAAAUAUAAAUCUCAUUGAAUUACUCACAAGGGACUUUAUUAAUCUCAUUUGUUCACACUUGGAGCUUUUUCGUCUCAAUCAAGCAAAAAUUGAAAAGCAGAAAUCUGGACCACUGACUAUCAAAGAUCGAGAUACUGAAAUAAGAUGUGUCCUGGCUGCAGAGAACAAACUGCACCCGGCUUUAUUCUCUGCUGAAGCUGAGCACAAGGUGUUGCAACAUUUGAUGGAUGGUCUCAUUUCAUUCACAUUCAGGCCUGAAGAUCUGCAGUGCUCUUUCUUUCGUUAUAUUGUCAGGGAGCUUCUGGCUUGUGCGGUAAUGCGACCAGUCUUAAAUUUAGUGAGUCCAAGAUUUAUAAAUGAGAGGAUCGAAUCUGCUGUUAUAUCUAUGACAAAGGCUAAGGGAGGGUUUAAUGCUGCACAAGAUGCAUCUCAACACAAACCAAAUGGCUCUUCAAGGAUCUCAUCUGAUCAUUUUUCUAAGUUUCUAGAUCCUUCUGUUACUGGUGUUGAACUUGUACAGUUAAAAACUGAUCAACCCAGAGCUGCUGGAGGUACUGCUGCGGCAGAUAACCUAAAUGGAACACAUCUUUCGAAAGAUCCAUUGCUUUCCUUGGAUACUCGAUCUUCCCGUUCAUGGAGCUCUGUGCCCUUGAAUUCCCAAACUGGUGUUGAAGGAGGUAUCCAACGACAUCGUUCAGGAGGAGAAUGGGGUGCUAUGUUAGAUCUCAUUUCUCGUAGAAAGACUGAGGCCCUUGCUCCAGAAAAUUUUGAGAACAUGUGGACAAAAGGGAGAAACUACAAAAAGAAGGAAGGUGAAAAACGAUUAAUUGAGCAAGUUCCACAGCAUUCUUCCAUUAGAAACGCUGCUACAAUGGAUCAUUCAAAAGCAGUAUCUAAGACCAGAGAGAAGUAUCCAAUCAAGCAUAACUCGUCUGAGAGUUCUGCUUCUCAAUCUGCAUUAACUGAUCAGCGCAAAAUAGAAAAAUCAUUCCCACAUGAACCUAAAAGUGUAUCAUACUGCUCUUCAGUUGCAUCUUAUCAGGAAGAUGAUGAACACAGCCUUGUUGAUUUGGAGGAGGUUGAAUCAGAAAGCAGUGAUUCUUUUACUUCUGAGGAAGAGGAAACAGGAAAUGUAACAGGUCUUGAUUCUCCUGGAACUAAAGUUUGGGAUGGUAAGAGUAACAGAAAUCUGACUGUUUCGCACAUUCAUCAUCCACUUGAAAAUCCUGAGGGCCAUAUGGCGAAGAAGGCUGGUGGAAGGCGUGUUCGGUAUCAAAGAUUAACUAGAACCCCAUCGAGCAGGAAAAGAUCUAGAUUGACCAGUCAGAAGUUACCUGUCUGGCAAGAGGUCGAGCGGACAAGCUUUUUAUCGGGUGAUGGACAGGAUAUACUUAAUUCGCUGAAUGGACAUGGAAAAGCUGAUGAUUCCAGUGAUGAUUCUGAUGCUGAAUUCUUUGGUAGAGUUCACAGCGGAGCAACUGCUUCUUCAUCUGCUGCUUCUAUCUCUAUUUCAGAAAGUCGUAGUUUGACUGCUAAUUCUUUGCAAAACUCGUUGGUGGUGGAUUCUUUCUUUAAAUUGAGAUGUGAGGUGUUGGGUGCAAAUAUUGUGAAGAGUGGCUCUAGAAUGUUUGCUGUUUAUUCCAUAUCUGUUACAGAUGUAAAUAACAAUAAUAGUUGGUCAAUCAAGAGAAGAUUCCGACAUUUUGAGGAGCUGCAUCAGCGCCUUAAACAAUUUCCCGAUUAUAAACUUCACUUGCCACCAAAGCAUUUUCUGUCAACAGGUUUAGAUGUUUAUGUAAUACGAGAACGCUGUAAAUGGCUUGAUGGAUAUUUAAAGAAACUUCUGCAGCUUCCUACUAUUUCAGGAUCGAUCGAAGUUUGGGACUUCCUAAGUGUUGAUUCUCAGACAUAUGUAUUCUCAAAUUCUUUUUCUAUCGUCGAAACAUUGUCAGUUGACCUUGAUGAUAAUCCAUCUGAAAAGAUCAAGAAGGCCUCAAAUGUUAUGGGGCCUCUGAUGGGUUCCUUAUCUUCCAGGAGGGAACAGUUAGACACUGGAAGCAAGGAACCUGCAUUGCAGAUGAAGCUUAAUCUUGCAACCGAUGGAUUAAGAAAUGCAAAAGAUAUCUCUUAUUCUCCAUCAAAAUUUCCCACUAAAGAACGUGGAAAGUCAUUAGAAGAGUCAGGCAGUGAUUCUGAUACUAGACUGCAAAAUAAUUCGGUUGUAAGAGACAUGGGGAAGAAUGCUAAAGGAAAAGAGAACAAAAGAACGGAAGAUACUUCUGAGUUGCUUCUUGAUGCUGCUACAUACCCAAUCCUUCCUACAGAGUGGGUGCCACCAAAUUUAAGUGUCCCCAUAUUAGAUUUGGUGGACGUCAUUUUCCAGCUCCAGGAUGGUGGAUGGAUCAGGCGGAAGGCUUUUUGGGUGGCCAAGCAAAUUCUACAACUUGGAAUGGGUGAUGCUUUUGAUGAUUGGUUGAUAGAAAAGAUCCAGCUGCUGCGCAAGGGGUCAGUUGUUGCUUCAGGAAUCAAGCGGAUUGAGCAGAUACUUUGGCCUGAUGGAAUAUUCAUAACCAAACAUCCAAAGCGACAACGACCACCAUCAUCCAGUAGGCCAUCCCAGGCUUCACCUCGUAGUCCACAGUCUCCUGAAAUAUCUUCACCUAGAUUUAGUGAUGAGCAGCAAAAACUGGAAGCAGAACGUCGGGCAAAAUUCGUUUAUGAGCUAAUGAUUGACAAUGCACCCACUGCUAUUGUGGGUCUUGUUGGUCGCAAGGAGUAUGAACAAUGCGCUAAGGAUCUCUAUUUCUUUAUUCAGUCUAGUGUUUGUUUGAAGCUGCUGGCAUAUGACCUUGUUGAGCUCUUGUUGUUGUCUGCAUUUCCGGAGAUGGAGUAUGUAUUCAAGCAGUUGCAUGAAGAAAAACACAAGUUUGGUGAAUUUAAAGCCGAAUAGUCAUAAUACAUUGAGUUCCAAUUAUAGGGAUCAAGUGAUAAGUCUGGCCUGGCAUUUUCCCAGGUAUAAUGUUUAGAUUGAUGUCUGCCAUUGGCCUUGAUUCAUUCCAUCUGGAUGGUAUACUUCAUUCAUAUUUUACAGUGUCAAGAUCUUCAAAUUGUAGACAGGUCCAAAUCGUGUAAUUAGUUUUUCUUUUUUCUUUUUUUCCCAUUUGACUUUUUGAGCAAUUGUAAGUAAAUCUUGCGAUUAGUGAAAUUAUAUAAUAGAAAGCUGUUUCCUCUUCCUCGCAA